AUGUCAAGCAAUAAUUCCACAUACCAAUCCAAUACGCACACUAGAACUUCCGAGUCUGACCAGCAGCCUCAGUACACUCAAUAUCAGCAACAACAGACCCAAAAUCAACAACCUGCAUACCAACAAACCACCUAUCAAGAACAACCAUACCAACAAAGCUCAUACACUCAAACACAAUACACACAACCUCAAACACAACAGCCCGUCUACCAAUAUACCUCUUACCAGACUGAUCAAUACCAGCAAGCUACCUCGCAGAAUGCUCAACCUACUUGGAGUACGCAAUACACUGGGUCCCAACAGCAAACCCAGACACAAUAUCAUUCCGCACAGCCUGCGCAGCUUACGCAACAAUCUCUUCAGGACCUACCUGGACCUGCAAGGGAUAAUACAAACAUGUAUUUGGCGCAUGAUCAAAAUUUUGAGAGGGUGUCACAGGGUUUGGAGACGAGACGAGAGGAUAGAGUUAGGGAGUGGGAGAGAGAGUGGGAGGCGGCUGGAAGGAGAUAG